AGGAGGAGGGGGGGAGAAAUGGCGUUUUGGGGCACUCGGGUGAUGGAGAUAGUGAAGAAGCACGACUCGGGAGGCCUCGUCUGGAAGCGCAUCAAGCUCACCACCACCCGCAAAGCCAACGCCAAGAAGCGUCUCCUCCGCGUCUGGCAGAAUGAGGCUGUCCUCAAGGCAUGUUCAGAAGCACCUUCUUCGAAAAAUUCUAGGCUUGCUGCUGAUGCUACUGUGAGAUCAGAGGGAAAGAGUAGUCAAGUUGGCAAUGGAGAAUUGUAAGAAAUCGUGUUUGAAGCAGUGCUGCUGAUGUGUGGCCUACAGAAAGAAACGUUUUUGCCUCUUAGUUCAUUUUUUUAUAUUGACCAUGUGGAGCUAAUGCAGUUGCAAUGGUUCUCCUAAGCUUAAUUAGUUGCAGGUAAAACUUUCUUGAGGGCUUAAUCAUGCCUCAUCCAACUUUUGUUGCUUAGUGCUUUUACCUUUGUAAGCCUCUGAAUGCCAUCAUCUUCAUUCCACCAA